GUCCUUUUUUCUCUCAUUAAUCCUCUCCCCCCCCCGCGCGACUCCUAGUCUCUCUCUCUCGCCAUGCCCAUCGUCCAACUGUCCUAACGCUUAGCCUUCCCGACCUUCAGCCCCCCCGAAUCCAUCGCAACCCCCUAAGUUACGUAUCCUAUCCAUUCGCUUCAGUAAUGCACCACGGGCGAGUACGUCGCAAGAACGGCAGUCUCAGAGCCUCCAAAGCUGGCCAGCGUCGCAACAUGUCCCAUUUGAUACCCGAUCAUGCCCCUCCACCUCCGUCCAAAACCGUCACCGUUAGCGACGAUAGUCCUGAUACCUCCGACGCCGCCUCGAACACUUCAGCGACCACCGUUAUCACCAAUACCUCUAGCGUCCCUGCCACCUCUCCCACCAACGGGAUCGAUCCCGUGAAAAGAGCCAUGGCCCGCAAGGCUUCGUCGCCGAUGGCGCCCCCUUUCAUGGUGUCCGCGCCAGGCAAGGUCAUCGUCUUCGGUGAACAUGCCGUCGUGCACGGCAAGGCUGCCAUGGCCGCCGCAAUCUCCCUCCGCUCCUACUUUCUCGUAACCACCCUGUCCAAAUCGCAGCGCACCAUCACCUUGAAUCUCAGGGACAUGGAUUUCAACCACACCUGGAACAUUGACGAUCUGCCCUGGGACCUCUUCAAACAGCCCUCCAAGAAGAAAUACUAUUACGACCUAGUGACCAGCCUCGACCAAGAAUUGUACGACUCUUUAAAACCGUGUGUUGAAGACAUAUCACCUAAGGCAUCCGAGGAAAUACGGAAGAAACACAAAGGGUCGGCGCUGGCGUUUCUGUACCUAUUUUGCUCCUUGGGCUCACCCCAGCACCCAGGAGCUAUAUAUACUUUGCGCUCAACUAUCCCCAUGGGUGCAGGUCUUGGAAGCAGCGCCAGUGUCUGCACUUGUUUCAGUGCUGCGUUGCUACUUCAGAUCCGUACUCUAGCAGGCCCCCAUGAUGACCAGCCCCCGGAUGAAGCGGAGUUACAGAUCGAGCGUAUCAACCGGUGGGCUUUUGUCGGAGAAUUAUGUAUACACGGAAACCCAAGUGGUGUGGACAACACGGUCUCCACCGGCGGCAAGGCCGUGAUUUUCAGGAGAGAGGACUACUCGAAGCCCCCCAAAGUCAUACCGUUACCGAACUUCCCGGAAUUGCCGCUCCUGCUCGUUGACACACGACAGAGCCGCUCGACGGCGGUUGAAGUUGCCAAAGUUGGGAAGCUCAAGAAGGAACAUCCAGUCGUCACCGAAUCGAUCCUUGAUGCCAUCGACAAGGUCACACUGUCUGCGCAAGAUGCGAUCCAGGGGGUGGAUGGCGAUAGUAUCGACAAGGAGACUCUUGAACAUAUCGGAACGCUGGUUCGUGUCAAUCACGGUUUCCUAGUUUCCCUGGGGGUAUCUCAUCCGCGACUGGAGCGAAUCCGGGAACUGGUCGACUUUGCCAAUAUCGGUUGGACAAAGUUGACCGGUGCAGGCGGCGGUGGUUGUGCAAUCACACUCCUGCGCCCAGAUGCUAGCGCGGACGCGCUCCGUGAGCUGGAGGGCAAGCUCGCUGCAGAGAAUUUCUCAAAGUAUGAGACAACCUUGGGUGGAGACGGUAUUGGAGUCCUCUGGCCAGCGGUGCUACACAACGGCACCAACGAAGAGGGCGGCGAAGAGAUCGACCAGCAGAAGUUUGAGAACGCCGACGGACCAGAAGGCAUUGAGCGUCUUGUUGGCGUCGGCGUUCAAGAACGUCGGGAAGGCUGGAAGUUCUGGAAACGAGCUGUCUGAAGUCAACUUUCCCUCACCCUCUCUCAUUUCAUCCUGCUUGAACCUUUUACGAUCAUUUCCCCUUACGUCCGAGCUUGGUGUUAGGGCAUUGCACGAUUGCAUAUUUAUUUGUUUAAUCGACCUUCAAUUCCCCUUUCUUCUGUUAUGGCUUCACUAUACUUACUAUCUUCUUCCCUUCUGUGUAUAAUAAUUCCUUCCAGAUUUCUUGACACGCCUCUUAUCUACCCACGGAAUAUAGUAUUCCUUAUCCAUACACAAUUUAUUGAUCUCUCUUUUCUUUUCUUGUCUUAUUUUUUUCCAUUUUCACCUUGAUGGGUUCCCUCAAUAUUCUUGUUUUCAAAUUCACUUCAGAUGCUGCAUUAGGGACUCCUGCUUCAGUGGAAAACUUAUGUCUGCAUUUCUAUGGGUUAUGUUGUAUCUAAGUGAUGUAGCGAUGCGAAUUUCAAGUCAAG